AAUAUUUACAAAAAUGCAGAUGAUCACACAAUUUUGCAACAAGUCAUCUAUAAUGAUCAACUAACGCAACAUCUUACUAGAGACGACAAUAAUAUUCCAGAUAGUUGGAAUCAACUUAUGGAGAAUAAGGUUAAAAAUUCAGAACCAACCAAUUCAGGCUUUAUUUCUUACAAAAAAUGUCAUUUUUUGAAUCUUCAAGCAUCAAAUAUUCUAACUCAUUAUGAGAUUUAUCAUCAAGUUGCAAACAGAAAUUUUGAGGAUUACUGUUCUAAGAUAGAACGUCAAAUUCAUACAAAGUACAAUAUCCAAGAACAUAAUUAUAAAGUUGAUGAUAUAGUAAAAAUACAAAUUGCUAAGAUCGAUCGUGGAUCUGUUCUCGAAAGAGUAUUUCCUGCUAAAGAAGUUUUGCCACUUGGGCUAAAAGAAUUUUCUGAAUUGAACAAUCCCAACCUAUAUGACUAUUAG